AUGCGUAAAAGGAAAACUCCGAGAUCGGAGGCGUCGGCCAAAGGACGAAAGCAAAUCAACGAGGAUUCCUGGCGUGCCGAGUUAAACGCCGUCUCGAUUAACGAGGACAGUUGGUGGUGUAUGGUGAUGCUGCUAGUGGAGACGAUCGAGGGUCACGCGAAGUGUGUGUCGAUUUUCAACGCAGCUGCCGAAGACGGUAAACGGAAGGCCAUUUACGCUCUGAGCUACCAGAAAACUGUAGAGGCUGUGAAAGUGUUGUCGAACCAGCCUCUGGACAAAUGCCCAACUAUUCAGGGCGUUUGUCAUUACGCUAGCAAGAUUCUGAAUGAGGACAACGGUGUAUUGCCUGGCUGGCUGAUGGCACGGGUCAUCAAGUACUUGAUAUGCCGAGCCAAAGAAGAGAACAUCGGUGUAGUGAAAAAGUUGGCUGAUCUGGAGCGUGAAAUAGAUGAAGAGUACGAGAUCAUGCAGACUGUGGCUGAUUGGGGUAAGCGUGAUAUGGAGGACAUCGUUGACCCAGACUUUCCGGACUUUGUUUAUUCGUCGGACUUGUUUGCAUAUCGAUCGGAACAUCACUCAGAGAGAUAA